UGGAAUAAUGGUGCGUCAUGUAAACACGAGCGCUUACUUUCGUGUGAAAGGCUGGGAAAAUUCGCAUUUGACUGUCGAAAUGGCACGCCAUAAAUACGAGAGUCAGCGUUUGCAUACUUUCAUGCUACCUGCUGCUCUUCGCUUGAAUUACGUUUGGGGAACAAUGGGUAAAAUCUUGAUUUCAGCACUUCUCACAGUGUAUCUUGGUUCGAUUGGCAGCGAUGGAAGAGUUUUCGAAAGGUGUGAAUUGGCUCGCACUCUGAGGGACAAUUACGGCUUCGGUCGGGAAAACCUUGGAGACUAUGAUGAUCUCAACUUGUUUGUACUAGGGGUCUGUCUUGCAUUUUACGAGAGCUCUUUGGACACAAGCAAAAGGGGAGGACCAAACACGGAUGGGAGUUAUGACCACGGAUUAUUCCAGAUCAACGAUGGGUAUUGGUGCUAUCCCCCAGAUCAGUAUGCCGACUGUAACGUUGCUUGCGACAACUUGCGCAACGAUGACAUCACCGACGACAUUGCCUGCGUGCGAUUGAUUUUUCAGCGGCACGGUUUUGACGCCUGGUACGGCUGGCUCAACAACUGCAAGGGAACCAAUGUUGAAGCAAAUUGGGUGGCAGAUUGCAACAUCGGCUAAGAACCAAAACUUAUACAACUUCACGCACGAAGAUGAAUUUGAUGUAUUUUUUCGAUUACUUGUGUAUAGAACCUUUAUCAUUCCAGAAAAUAAACUUUUUACGAUGUUGAAAGGUUUCUGUAGAAACA